AAUAAUGAUACUCUCCAUGAUAUUCUGUGUGCACGCAUGUGUAUGUGAUGUGAGCAUUGUUUGAUGUCACCAAUUAUCCACAACACUUAAAUUUCCAAUAUCUUUUGGUCCUGCAUACAUCAGAUCAGAUACAAUUCGUAAGUCCCAAAUGACCAUAUUGGACAGAAGUAAAGGUUAGAUGUAUAUAUAUCCGUAAGUUUUUGGUAUUAAUGCAGAAAUGUAAUACAACACAACUUAUGCACGCAUUCAGCAUCAUAUUCGAGUAGUCUUGUCUUUAAGAAACUUCACUGUUUAAGAAAUGGGACCGCAACACUUUUACCAUCCUAUAAAACCCCUCUCCUGGAUGUUUGCCUUCGCCUUCCAACACCAAUAUUAUAUGAUCAGGUCCAGAACCUUGUUGCAUACAUAAAUCAAUUAACUAGCAGAAACCAUGCAGUCAGGUGAUGCAACAGAGUUGUAUUAUUUGCUUACUUCAAAUCCAACUCAAUACCCUUCUCAUUUUGGCUUGAACAACAAUAACAUGCCUUCUUUCAACCUUAGCAGAAUUUCAAACCCUUUGUGCCACCUUCAGAUCAAUCCCCAGAUUCAAGACUUCAACCCGCAGAUGGCAUCUUUCAGCUGUAAUUCAACUUCAGAUGAAGCAGAUGAUCAACAACUAAGUAUAAUAAAUGAAAGAAAGCAGAGAAGGAUGAUUUCCAAUAGAGAAUCUGCACGAAGAUCACGUAUGCGCAAGCAAAAGCAUCUUGAUGAGCUAUGGUCCCAGGUUGUUUGGCUCCGUAAUGAGAAUCAUCAGCUGAUAGAUAAACUGAACCAUGCUUCAGAACGUCAUGAUCGUGUACUUCAAGAGAACACUCAACUCAAAGAAGAAGCUUCAGAACUUCGUCAAAUGCUCACUGAGAUGCAGCUAAACAGCCCUUAUUAUAACUUAAGAGAUCUAGAAGAUGAUCCCUGCAAUGGCUUGUCCCAAGACUAAUUAUAUAGACCCUUCCUCUUCAAGUAUCACUAUUUCUUGUAUGAAGAUGGAGGUCAAGAUUUUGAUUUUUGCUUUGUCUCUUCUGUUCUUCGGUGCAGUCUAUUCAAUAAAAAUCCAACUUCACUUUGAA